AUGAGCCAAGGGCAAAGCGUUCCUGCUACUGUCUCCUCCUCUGUGGCUGCCCGGCCCUCCCCGUUUCUACCCAUGGUAAGGCCUGUUGGCGGUGUGGGAGUGGUGAAUUCUCUGGGGGAUGCAGCAGGGGUAGGAUCAGGUGUGAGGGCAGCUGGGUUGGUGCCACUGAUGGGUCAGAACUAUGGCCUGGCAUUGCAAGGAGGAGCGGAGAGGCUGAUAGUGGAUGCAGCAGCGGAGCUCGCGUCAAGAGGCCACAGCGUGCGGGUCUUCACCGCCCAUCACGAUCCAGCCAGAUGCUUCCCGGAGACCAUCGAUGGCACCUUCCCUGUGCACGUGCAUGGAAGCUUCCUCCCCCGCCACAUUGCCGGCCGAUUUCACGCAGUCUGCGCCUACCUCAGGUGCCUCUGGGCGGCCCUCUGCAUCGUCGUCUCGGUUUGGCUCCGGUGGAUCCCAGCCGUUGAUGGGAUCAUCACAGAUCAAGUCUCAGCCGUCCAUCCCAUCCUCAGAUUGCUGCCUGCCAAGAUCCUCUUCUACUGUCACUUCCCAGACCUGCUGCUGGCCCAGCGAGGCUCGUGGCUGCGCUCGCUGUACCGAGCUCCUAUUGACUGGGUGGAGCAGGUCACCACUGGCAUGGCGGACACCAUAGUGGUCAACAGUCACUUCACUGCAGCCACAUUCGCCUCCACCUUCCCCUCGCUAGCAUCACACGGAAUUCGCCCCGCUGUGCUCUACCCAGCUGUAGCACUUGAUUCCCCACCAGCUUCUUCCUCUGCCACUGCCAGCACUGCUAGCAGGAAUAUGUGUGCUCCCCCAGGCCCUUCUGUUGACGAAGCAGAGAAACUUGGGAUUGAUAUUAACAGCCCCUUCUUCCUGUCCAUCAACCGGUACGAGCGCAAGAAAGAGAUCGCCACUGCCAUCUCUGCUCUGGGGCUGCUCACCCGCUCGUCAGUGCACACAGACGCUUCCGACAGCCAGGAAAAAGGCAGCCUGGAUGGCGCAGCUGCUUCGGCAAAGAGCCAGCGGCCACGACUUGUCGUUGCAGGUGGGUGUGACGCGCGCGUGCGGGAGAAUGUGGAGUAUCUGCAGGAGCUGAAACAACUAGCUGUUAUGGAAGGGGUGGCAUCCGACGUCCUUUUCCUCACCUCCAUCAACGACUUGCUCAAGGCUCAGCUACUGGCCUGCUGCACUGCUGUAGUCUACACCCCUCCAGUUGCCCGAGCACAUGUGGAGGAACGGUUUUCUAGGAAAGUUUUUGGCGACCGGUUGCAAGAGAUUCUUUGGAACAUGUGCUUGUAA